GAGAAGUUGGAAGAGAGAGCGGCGAAGAAGGAGGAGAAGUCUGAAGCGAGAGCGGCGAAGAAGGAGGAGAAGUCUGAAGCGAGAGCGGCGAAGAAGGAGGAGAAGUCUGAAGCGAGAGCGGCGAAGAAGGAGGAGAAGUCUGAAGCGAGAGCGGCGAAGAAGGAGGAGAAGUCUGAAGCGAGAGCGGCGAAGAAGGAGGCGGAACUGGAACAGGAGAAGCUACCAGACAAAGAAGCAGAAGCAGGGUCGCAGCCGGGAUGGCCACCGGAUGCCUUUAACCAACAGAAAGAGUCAUGGUUUAUCUAA